GCGCGGGCAGCGGAGCCGCGGCGGGCACCGCCACCUCCGCCCUCUGCCUGCUCCUCUCGCUCACCGCCGUGGCCGUGUGCCUGCUGCUGGGCGCCAAGACGGCGGAGCUGCAGGGCCGGCUGGCAGCCCUGGAGGAGCGCGGACCCGGGCCGCUGCUGGACGCGCUGCAGCCCCGCGUGGAGCAGCUCUUCCGAGAGAAACUGGGUGAAGGACUGGCAAAGCUGCGGACGGCGAGAGAGGCUCCAUCAGACUGCAUGUGCCCCCCAGGCCCUCCGGGGAGGCGAGGGAAGCCCGGCCGGCGCGGAGAACCAGGGGCCUCUUGGUUUGGAUGGCAAACCAGGACCUCCAGGACCAAAAGGGGAAAAGGGUGAAGCAGGGGACAUCGGCCCGAGGAUGGUUUUUCCUCACCUCAAUCAUGGAUUUCUGGCUAAUGAUCAACUUGUCUUUAGCCGGCGAGUGCUCAAGGGUGAUCAAGGUCGAGAUGGAGCCACUGGUCCCCCUGGUCCACCAGGACCCCCAGGGGCCCGGGGUCCUCCUGGUGACACGGGAAAAGAUGGCCCAAGAGGACCUCCAGGCCCCCCUGGUCUCAAAGGCGAGCCAGGAGAGGAAGGCCUUGUGGGUGCCAGGGGACCUCCAGGACCAAAGGGUGAGCCUGGUGUCCAAGGGAAAAAGGGUGAUGAUGGGGUCCCUGGGGAGCCAGGACUUACGGGCCCUAAGGGAGAAAAAGGAAGCGUGGGUCCCAAGGGAGAGAAUGGCACAGAUGGCUUGCCAGGUCCCAAGGGUGAGCCUGGUGAGAAGGGAGGAGUUGGCUCCAUCGGACCACGGGGUCCCCCCGGUCUGAAAGGGGAGCAGGGUGACACUGUAGUGAUUGACUAUGACGGCCGAAUCCUGGAUGCUCUUAAGGGUUCGCCAGGUCCCCCAGGGCCACCGGGCCCCCAAGGCGCUCCGGGUCCAAAGGGAGAGCUGGGCUUGCCGGGUCCACCUGGGCUGGAUGGUGAGAAGGGUCCCAAAGGAGCGAAGGGUGACCAGGGCAGCGUGGGCAUCACGGGACAGAAAGGAGAGACAGGAGAAAUGGGCUUAGCAGGUCCACCGGGAGCAGAAGGACCAAAAGGAGACAAAGGAGACAAAGGGGACACAGGGUCACCGUGUUUGCAGAACAACCACAUCAUACCUGAGCCUGGACCGCCUGGAUUACCUGGCCCUAUGGGUCCUCCAGGAAUCCAGGGGCCUAAAGGCUUGGACGGUGCAAAGGGAGAAAAAGGUGACAGUGGGGAGAAGGGCGACCACGGCCACACUGGACCCGCUGGUCUCCCGGGCGCUCCAGGGCUCAUCGGUUUACCCGGUACCAAAGGAGAGAAGGGAAAGCCGGGGGAGCCAGGAUUGGAUGGUUUCCCAGGUCUCAGAGGAGAGAAAGGAGAGCGAAGUGAAAGAGGCGAGAAGGGUGAGCGAGGAAUACCGGGCAGAAAAGGAGCCAAAGGGCAGAAGGGGGAACCAGGCCCCCCCGGACUGGAUCAGCCUUGCCCCGUGGCAGAUCGCAGCACUGCAGGCUGCACAAGGGACCCAGGUUUACCAGGCCUGGACGGGGUGAGCGUGCCCUGCCCUUUGGGUGGAGGCUUGCUGCGUUCUCAGUGA